AGUUGAAUUGAGAUUUCUGGAUAUUGAAUUGCGCCAAGAGUAAGUUCCGGAUUUCCUUGUAGUAUUCAUCAUGUUGAACAUCAAUUAAUCACUUUUACUUUGGGGCGGAGAGACCGUUCCCCUGCUCAUGAUCCUAUUUUUGCACUCCCACGCAACAUCAAGCAAAACGGUGUAAUUUUAGUGCGUUCUUUUAUUUAAAAAAAAAUCUUAGGUACAUAUGCUAUACGGAAAUUUAUUAAUAAGUUUCCUAAUUAAUGCAAAUUCGUCACAUUUAUUGAUGUCACCGCAUGGUACCACAAAAAUAUUCACCAGCCUAAGUGAAUAUGGGAAACUCCCGGGAUAGUUGCUAUCUAAAUGAUGUGAGAUUGGUAUAUAAGGCAGCUUCACUGGAAAUUUAUUUUCAUAAUUGAGUGAAUAAUCAUCGAUAGAGCCUCGAAAGAGUGCACCUCAGUGUUGCGCGAUAAAAAGUGUCUCUAUUAAGUGCCAUGAAGUUAAUAAAUGCAAUAAUUUACUAAAAAGUUGUAGUGCUUGGAAAAUUUAAUCGAAAUGGCUGAUGGUGAAGAAUCGAAGAAAAAAAAAAAGAAAGGCUCAAGGAAGGCCUCCAAAACAGAAGAUCCUGGAGAAUUAGCUAAGAUCAGUGAACCUAGUGAAGCCCCUGCUCCUCAGCAAGAGGACACCGUUCAUGAAGAGGACCCUAGUGAGAUUUCCGAUUCUGGUGAAAAAAAAUCUGUUGCUGCAACAUUGCUAGAUGAGAUCCUUAACGAUGCCCCUAUGACCCUUCCGGACGAGAACCAACCCUACGAAGUUCCCGUAGCUGUUAAAGCAGGAGACAUAAAUGCUCUACGUGACUUGGACGAAAGGAAGAUAAUCGAACUUAAAGAAGCUUUUAACUUGUUUGACUUGAACGGUGACGGAGUUAUCGACGCUGAAGAUUUAAAGAGCACCUAUGGAACUCUAGGUCAAGAAAUAUCCGAUGAUCAAGUCGCCCAGAUGCUAUCUGAAGCAAUUGAUCCCCUGGACUUUGAUGCUUUUGUCGUACUUCUUGGCUACAAGACCAUAGAGCUAGAUCCUGAGGAUGUGCUCCUCGAGGCUUUGAGUAAAUGGGAUAAAACUCGUACAGGAUUGAUUAGUCACGAUCGCCUCAAGAACGAUUUAAUGAACUUUGGAGACAAAUUUUCUUCCAACGAAGCUGAAAGUGCUCUACAAGAAGCUCCAAUUGCUAAAGGAACUGGACCAGGAUUUAAUUGUCAUGGUCCUGCUAUGAUUGAAUAUCCGGCUUUCUGCAAAAUUAUUGGUGGUUUUCGCAAGCGCAUGAAGACCAAAGCUAUGGAAAAUACUAUGUAAUUUAAAAAAAAAGAGUUUGCUUUUAAACCAUAUUAUAAACAAUUUAUGAAAUUUUUUUAGCUUUUAAGAAAAGUCUCUCUUAUGAUGUAAAAUGCAAAGGGUAAUGUAUAAGUUUUAUAUCAAAUAAAUUUAUUGAGUUUUGUGGUA